AUGGAGAGGCUAAAGGCUAAGAUGCAGAGAACGGUUCUGCCGCCGGAGGAUGGUAGUCGGUGCAACGAAGCUCACAUCGAGCGAGACGCGUCUACGCUGCCAAAGGGUGAGCAGCCGGCGAAACCCCGCGGUGAUGAGAUGAAAGAUUGGGCUCAUGCGCGUUCGCCAUCUCCAGCUCAACACAGCUCGAAAAGGAUUCCUUCAACCAGAGGCAACGACACCGCUAUCGUCUCCACUCCACCCCAGACCACACCCGCCUCACCCCUUCUCAACCUCCCGACGGACGUCCUCCACCACCUCCUCACGUUCCUCCCCUACAACUCCCUCCUCGCCCUGCGCCUCACGCACCGCUCCACCCGCCACCUCCUGCACCCCAGCUACCUCGCCCACCUACGCCGCCUUCACGUCGCCCGCUCCCUCGCCACCGAAGCCACCCUCCUACAGAACCACCGCCUCUCGCGCAGCCCUGCCCACAACCACCUCCGCCGCGCCACCUCGCAGCUCUGGACCGUCUUCUACGCCGCCUUCGAGUGGCAGCUGCGCGAGCGGCCCGCGCGCCACCUCCCCUGCUACGGCUGUCUGCAGGUGAAGCCGCUGAGCGCGUUCGUGGAGCGCAUGAGCUCCCGUGGCUUGGGGCUGGGAGGGACGCGCGCGGCGGACAGGCGCUGUAAGGAUUGUAUGCGCAGGGAGGAGAUGGGGAUGCGGGUGGCGGGCUGGUGGUGGCGGGAGCAUUGGGUUAGGAGCGCGGAUGUGAGGAGGCGGAAAGGGGCGGGAGCGGGGAAAGGGAAGGGGAUGUUGCGACUGCUGGGUAAAGGGGCGCCAGCGGUGGCCAACGGGCACGGUAGGGUGGAAGAGGAAGAGGCCGAGGUGGGCGUCUGCACCGUCUGCGGCACGAGCCAAUUCGAGCUCUUCUGGGGCUGCGCGGGCUGUUUCGACAAAGAGGAGCAGCGCAAGCGUGACGAGUGGUACGUCGUGCUGGGCUGGACGCGCGACGAGCGCGAGCACAUGCGCGGCGGCUGGAUGCACUGGCUGCUGGAACGGGUCGACGGCCACCAGAGCCGCAAGGAGAAGCGGCGCCGGCGACGCUACGCCAGGCGCGCCGAGCGCGGCGGCAAGCGCUGGGGCCUCCGGAGACUGCUGGCUUGGGCCACCGGCGAUUCGAGCAGACACGUCAGCUGGGCGGAGCGCGUCGAGGCCCUAGUCGACUUUCUGCAGUCGGACGGCGACGUGCACGACCCGUCGUGGAGUGACGACGCCAACGCCGACGCCGACGCCGUCGUCGUCGAUGUCAAAGACCAUCGCAAUCGGACUGAUGAGAAGACCGCCAACGACGCCAAGCGAGAUCUGAUGGGCGUGGCGGCGGCGCAGACAAAGAAGCACUGGAGACCCGAGCAUCAGAUGCCGCGCAAGAACGACCGCUGGGAGACGCGCUGCAGCAUGUGCUGGGUGCCGACGAGUUCGCCGCGGUACGCGCUCGGUCUGGCGGCGUGCGAGAGGCGUCUGAGUAUUGACAAGUGCUGCGAGGACUGUCAGGAGGAGGAUCUGCGGAAGAUGCAGAGGAGGAAGGGGCUGGAUCACUUGCUAAUGCGAGAGAGAGCUGAGGAGGACGCGUUGGAGUAUCUGAGGGAGCUGUUUGUGCCGUAA